GCAAUUUUAAAUGGUAUAUAAUGCGGACAAGCUCAAACAUACGGCAUACAUAAAGAUAUUAGACAAUCAAUCGUUAUUUUGGGGCCAAGGAGUUACAAUUCGAUGCUAUCGGGGCUCCUGUGUUGUGCCAUGAUGCUUAACUACUACCAGAUAUGCGUGUGGCUGUAAUAGGUGCUGGAGUCAUCGGUCUGUCCACAGCUCAGAGCAUUUAUGAGCAGUAUCAUUCCAUCGUCAAUCCGCUGAUCAUUGAGGUGUAUGCAGACCGCUUCACCCCACUGACCACCAGUGAUGGAGCGGCUGGUUUAUGGCAACCUUAUUUCAAUGACAAGGGCAAUCUUCAGGAGAGGGAAUGGUGUAAACAGACCUUUGACUACUUGGUGAGCUGUCUCCGUUCACCAGAGUGUGUAAAAAUGGGUCUUUUCCUCCAAUCUGGUUACAACCUCUGCAUAGAACCAAAACCAGAACCAACAUUUAAAGACAUAGUCCUGGGCUUCAGAAAACUCACAGAGCGAGAGCUGAAGAUGUUUCCUGGCUACAGUCAUGGCUGGUUCAACACUGCUCUCAUGUUGGAAGGUAAAACAUACCUACCUUGGCUAAUGGACUGGUUGGCAAAACGGGGUGUGAAGUUUUACCAGAGGAAAAUAGGCUCAUUUACAGAGCUGCAAAAACAUGGUGCCGAUGUGAUAAUAAACUGUACUGGGGUGAGAUCCGGAGACCUCCAACCUGACUCUGAGCUCCAACCAGCCCGGGGACAGAUCAUAAAGGUGGAAGCCCCAUGGUUGAAGCAUUGGAUUUUGACCCACUCUGAGGGGAUUUACAACUCACCAUAUAUCAUACCAGGGAGUCGGUUUGUGGCAGUUGGCGGGGUGUUCCAGUUAGGAAACUGGAAUGAAAGUAAUGAUACUGCCGAUCAUAAGAACAUAUGGGAAAAGGCUUGCCAACUUGAGCCAAGUCUAAAGCAUGCUAAGAUAGUGGAUGACUGGACCGGCCUCAGGCCAGCUCGAAAUAAAGUCAGACUGGAGAGAGAGACCAUACUGUGUGGUACCACUGCGGUCGAGGUGAUUCACAACUAUGGCCAUGGAGGUUUUGGACUGACCAUUUGCAGAGGUUGUGCACAGGAAGCAGCCAGGCUUUUCGGUCAGAUUUUGGAACAAAAGGGAGCGGGACCAAAAGCUCACUUGUGAAUUACUUUUUAGCAUUUGGGACUUAAUUGUAUGCAAUUAAAUCCAAACCUAAUAAUGUCUUUAUAGUAAGGGACAAUUGUUAUUCACUCAUAUAUAUAAAAAAAUUAAGAUUAACAAAUUAACUUUCACUCAAAUACAAAUAUGCCUUAAAUAUAGCUUGCAAAAUCCCUGUAACAAAUAAUGACAUCAAAUUGUAUCUUUUACAAAGAUUAUUUACUAUCAUGAUGUGGUACAUUUACCUUUUUUUGUGUGUUGACAAGAAUAAGUGUACAUUAAAUCUUAAUACUGAUUCAAUUAAAUAAAAUUUCAAAUAAAAUGCAAAAAUACAUCCAUCUAUUAUUUGAACUUGUCAUACUUCAUAUCACCUUUUUCCAAAGAAAUGGAACGAGAGCUGAUGAAUUAUUUACAGAAGUAUAAAUUAAGUUUAAUGACUGUGUUUAGUCUGAAGUAAACAUUACUAUAGAUGCAGUGUAAUGUUUCGAAUCCAAUGAGAACCAAAUUGUCACAUUAUAGGUAUCGUAUUGUAAUCGGAGAAUUUCAAUAUUUUUCAUCAGACUGAUUAGGCAUUGUAGGAUCUGAUGAAAAUAUAUAAAAUACUUCGAUACAUGAA